CCCUCAGAAAGCUUGUGGCCGUGUCAUUAUUUGUAAAGUUCAGAAGCUCCCAGCAGGAGACCUGCGCGAAGGGUAUGCGUCGGAAAAUGCCUGAUUCCGAGGCACUAGUGAAGAACUUAAGAAGACCCCUUAUAUGAGAAACAUCGGUGGAGCUGCUCCGGGCUGUUUCUACAUCGUUGACAACAUGAAGGGCGUCCUCAUGGUGUUCCUGGUGAUGGCUGAAAGUACCCUAGGGAUAGGACGGACUAGGAGUGGUCACAGUGCAGCUUUGCGGCCCCCGCCACUCCCUGAAGGAGUUCAUCUUCCCCAAGAAAAAUGGUUUACUCAGACAUUGGAUCACUUCUCCCCUACAGAUAUCCGUACUUGGCAGCAGAGAUACUUCAUCAAUGAUACCUUCUAUAAGCCUCAGGGACCAGUACUCCUUCUAAUAGGUGGAGAGGGCCCAGCCAACCCAGAAUGGAUGGUGACAGCAAUGCCCCUAGAGUAUGCCAAAAAUCUCAGUGGUUGUCUGCUGCAACUUGAGCACAGAUUCUAUGGCAAGAGUCAUCCAACAGAGGAUGCAUCUGUUGAAAAUCUGGCAUACCUUAGUAGUGAACAGGCCUUGGCAGACCUGGCCACCUUCACUGAGGCCAUGAAGAAACAUUUGGGCCUAACCACCAGCAAAUGGAUCGCCAUAGGUGGGUCCUAUCCAGGCUCUUUGGCUGCCUGGUACCGUCUUAAGUAUCCUCAUCUUGUAGAUGGAGCUGUGGCUGUCAGUGCCCCCAUCCUUGCCCAACUCAAUUUUAAGGAGUAUCUGGAGGUUGUUCGUGAUUCCUUGGCCACUGUGGGAGAGGACUGCAAUGUUGCUAUAAGUAUUGCUCAUCAUGAGUUGCACAUACUCUUGCAGCAGGAAAGUGGAUGGAAGAUUAUCAGCAAACAAUUCAGGCUGUGUUCUCCACUGGAUGGUCACAACAAGAAGGAUGUAGCCAACCUCUUCUCCAUGCUGACAGAGAAUGUGGAAGACAUUGUGCAGUACAAUCGAGAUAACCGGGCCUUUGAGGGGGUGAAAGGUACCAACAUCACCAUUGAAACUGUCUGUGAGAUCAUGAGGAACAAGACACUCGGUUCACCUUACAUCAGAUAUGCAACCCUUAAUUCCUUGUUGCUGGAUGUAGAGGAAGAGAAGUGUCUUGAUCACACCUAUAGGAGCAUGGUGAAAGAGAUGCAGUCCAUGGACUGGAAGGAUAGUGUUGGAGGACGUUCAUGGAUGUACCAGACCUGCACUGAGUUUGGGUUUUAUCAAAGCUCAGACUCUCGUCAGCAACCAUUUGGCAAUGAAUUUCCUGUAGAAUUCUUCGUUCAGCAGUGCCAGGACAUCUUCGGGCCAAGGUUUACUGAAAAUCUAGUCCUGUCUGGCAUCAAGAGAACCAACACUCUUUAUGGUGGACGUGACUUAAAGGUAACCCGUGUUGUGUUCAUAAAUGGUGCCAUUGAUCCUUGGCAUGCCCUUGGGAUCACUACAGAUCUCAGUACCAGUGCUCCAGCCAUCUACAUCAAUGGAACUGCCCACUGUGCUAUCAUGUAUCCUGCUUCUCCUAGUGACCCACAACAGCUUCUUCAGGCCAGGAAACAAGUGUUUAAACUUAUCCAACAGUGGCUCCAGGAGUAAGAUGAGAACUUGUCUUGCAGAAGCACACCUCACAUGUGGAAUAGCACAAGAGAAGAGAGCCAGUUUUUACAUGACUUUAUGCACAGCCCCUUAAAAGUGAGAAAAGAUUCUUUGCCUCCAUUUAUUAUGUUAAUAUUAAUUCAAGAAAGUUAAAUGUAUGUCACAAAAUUGACAGCAGUGAUAUAAUAAUUUUCACAACAAAUUUUAGUGGUACUUCUUAAGGGUUUAUUAGACUGAGGUGUCUUUCUUUUAUAAUAGUCCGUAAACUUCUUUAACCCUUUCCUUCCGGUUCUUAAAAUAUUUUUCCGUUUGCUAUGACGGCUAAAAAUGGUAAACCUAGAAAUUGUCAGAAAACUGUUUGAAUACUAAUAAUGAUUUUCUCUUUGUUAUUCUGAAUACAAUGAUGUACUUUGUAGCUCGAUGUGACCUCUGAAAGUUCAGUUUAUGCCUUAUCAAGGAUUCCUCCUCCUCCCGCUGUGUGAUCCAUAUUCCAGAAACAGCCCGGAGAGCGAGGACACCACGCGCACACACACACACACACACACACACACACACACACACACACACACACACACACACACACACACACACACACACACACACACACACACACACACACUCUCUCUCUCUCUCUCUCUCUCUCUCUCUCUCUCUCUCUCUCUCUCUCUCUCUCUCUCUCUCUCUCUCUCUCUCUCUCUCUCUCUCUCUCUCUCUCUCUCUCUCUCUCUCUCUCUCUCUCUCUCUCUCUCUCUCUCAUCUUGGAGGGGAAAUUGUACACUUCCAAUGAGAGAGAGAGAGAGAGAGAGAGAGAGAGAGAGAGAGAGAGAGAUUUCAUCCCUUUUCAUAUCAAGUUUCAGGCAAAUAACAUUAUCUCUCUCUCUCUCUCUCUCUCUCUCUCUCUCUCUCUCUCUCUCUCUCUCUCUCUCUCUCUCUCUCUCUCUCUCUCUCUCUGACAAGUUACCUUUUACCAUUUUAUUAUAAAAUCGAAGAUAAUGAAAAAAUUAACAUGAAAGAAUGAUAGGUAUCAUCUCUCUGUUCUGAUAAAACAGGUGGAUCCUGUAAAUCAUUUUCCAAGUCCUCACUAAUGUCUUCGCUUUCUUCAGUUUCUUCUUCUAAAUAUUCACUGUCACUGUCUUCAAACCCAGAAGCACCGCUAAAUACAUAUGUUCUGUCCUGCUCCAUGGUGAGUUAUGAUCUGAGAUCCUUCACUCUUAUCAGGAUGUCUCUUCGCACUUAUCAUGGUGCUUUCCACCCAGUGGGUGCUUUCCACCUGGCGGAUCGCUGGGGUUGCCAAGUGUCGCCUGGAGAAAGGGAAAAUAGCUUAGUUACCACUAAAUUUCCAGAGCUAGUGACAACACUACAUGUGGAAACAUGCCAGACACUUCCAUUCACACCAUCUGACUCGAGAAACCGCACUUGGAGCUCAAAAUUGAGGAGCGAAAAUUCUUGAUUACGGGUAUGAUCGCCGUCGCUACGGACACACUGAUGCAAUCGUAUAUAUACGAUUGCCGGAAGGAAAGGGUUAAAGGAUCAACUUCCAGUUCCAGCUUAAAUUCACUAGCUAAACAUAUUUUUCUAAUAAUGUCAUGAUCAUUUGUCAAGAAAAUGGUUGAUAUUGAUAGAACUAGUAAAGAUAUAUAAGAUAUUUAGCAUCUGGAAAUUAUAUGUAUUUUUCAAAA